UGACCCGCGCCAUUCCACGAAAGACUCUGCCGAAGACGCGCGUUACAUCCUCGUGUGUGUAAAAUAACUCACAACUUCAGAUUUGAAAAUAUGUGUUCGGAAUAAUUUUAGACUGUGAUAUUGUGUUCGAAAUAUGAAAUUGAUUGUGAUAUUUGUGUUUUGCGUGAGUUUUCUCGUGAGCGCGCAAGAUGAAUACGGCGAAGACGUGACAGAAGCAUGCUGUACGCACGGAUCGGACUCGGCGGUGCCGCUGUCGUCAGCCCGGGACUGCGGAGCCCUAGGGCUCCCGGACUACAUAGAGCCGGAGCAGGAGGCCGCCUGCAAGGCUAGCGUGGCGAGCUGCUGCCAGGACCACUUUAAACAGAAGGAUGAUUGUGCUGCAGGCGCGAAGUAUGCUGCCAGCAAACGAUGUAGUGUACCAAGCACAGACAUCGGAAAGACAUGUUGCGAAGAGUGCAAAUUCGGCGCGCUCACAGGGGAGUCUCAGGGCGUAGAGGCGUGCGGGAGCCCUCCUACACCAGACGUCUCCCCCGCCUCUUAUCUGAGGAAGACUUCUUAUUAUAAGUGCUGUGUUGAAGCAGCAACAAAGCCGACGACAACCGAAGCCCCAUCAACGACUACCACAGAAGCAGUUAAGCGUUGUGGGCCUAGCUCCUGCAAAGCUGACCAAGACUGCGAUGACAGUGAGGGCGUUAUCCGGUGCUUGUGCCGCAGUGGCUUUAGGAAACAUAAGGAUGGCUCUUGCAAAGAUAUCAAUGAGUGCGCAGAAUCAGUUGACAACCUUUGCACUCAAGAGGAUCACGUCUGCCAUAACACCCCGGGUUCCUACAAGUGUGUACCACUCAAGAAGCGAGAAGUACCUGGUUGUCCACCAGGCUUCAAGAAGAACGUCAUCAACCAGGUGUGCGAUGAUAUAAACGAAUGCCAGCUCCCCCGCCCACCCUGCCCAAAGUAUCUCUGCGAGAACACGAUCGGUGGCUACAAGUGUAACGGCAAGCCCGGGACUCCGGCCGUCGAGGGCGUAACUGAAGCCGCACCAGCAGCGGCUCCUGCACGAAACGAUAUCUGUCCUAAAGGGUUCAGGGCUGGGGCUAACGAUGAGUGCAUUGACAUCGAUGAAUGUGAUGAGCACCUGGACGACUGCCAACGUCUCUCGCAGCACUGCAUCAACACGCACGGAGCCUUCUUCUGCCAAGAUCACGUUUCCAAGCGAUGCGCUCCUGGCUUCAAGGUCAACAGUGCCACUGGUAUUUGCGAAGAUAUUAAUGAGUGUGAAGAAGCUUCAGAGGUGUGCAAGAGGAAUCAAGUUUGCGUUAACCUCCCGGGGGCCUACGACUGCAAGUCCAAAAUUAGCACCUUACCGAAAUUAAACUCAAAAACAUGCCAAGAAGGAACCAGGAUGCGCGUUGGAAGCAACAAAUGCGAUGAUAUCGAUGAAUGUCGAGAGGGCACGCAUCUUUGCGACCAAUUCCAGAACUGCAUCAACACAUAUGGUGGACACGAGUGUCGCUGCAAGAACGGGUUCGAGUUAGACUCUACGUCAGGAUCCUGCGAAGAUGUUGAUGAAUGUGCUAUGAAGCUGGACAAUUGCGCUCCUGGCCUCCACUGUCUCAACGUGCUGGGGUCAUUCACCUGCACGCGUCGAGCCCCCACUUCUUCGACCACCACAACCACCCAAGCACCCACUUCUAAUGACUACGAGUAUUAUUAUACUGAUGAUGAAGAACCAACCAACGACACACGAAAUCCGGCGCCAUCACCAGCAACAGGAGCCAAACCAGCACCUAAACCUAACCCUCCUCCUCCUCCUCCUAAACCUACUACCACUUCUACCACUUCUACCACUACAAGUACUACCACUAGUACCACAACUACAACUACAACGACUCCUAAACCCACAACUCCUAAGCCACCACCAGCCAGACCUUACCGCCCACCGCCCACCCAAUACGAUCCAUUCGGCAGACCGACCAGACCAUAUACCAACAGACCCAGACCUACAAACCCUACAGAAACUACUACCGACCCUAGAAGACCAGAAAACAGACUUCCAAAUACCAACAUCCCUCCUCCGACAACUCCAGAGGUUAUUGAAAAAGAGAAGAAUCCAGAUGGAGGAGUAGAAGUAGACACGUCGGAUAUCCCUAAGGACAAGUGGACGAAUGUUAUAGGGAAGGAUAAGGAGAAUGAACCUGAUGAUUUUGAUCCGAAUGAGCUGCAUUGCCUGAACGGGUAUGAGAAGAAUGCUGCGGGUGAUUGCGUCGAUAUCGACGAAUGCAGUGGUCGCCACAUAUGCAGUGCCCUGGAGAAGUGCAUUAACGAGCCUGGACGGUACCGCUGCGAGUGUAUAACAGGCUUUAGAAGAGACCCUUCAGGGUACUGUGCCGUGGCACCCACUAUACCCACCACAUCAUCCACUACCACUUCAACUAGUACAACUACCACGACCACCACAGAGGCUCCUCGGCCCUACUACCCACCGCAACCGCGUCCGCAACCCCGACCUCAACCAUCAGCACCACCCCGUCCGCAACCAUCAGCUCAACCGUCUCCGCAACCGUCACCUCAUCCGUCAGCACAACCGUCCCCGCAGCCGUCAGCACAGCCCUCUCCGCAACCAAGGCCCCAACCGAGGCCGCAAACAAGACCGCAACCGCAGCGGCCGCCACAGACACCGCACUUCUGCGAGAUGGGAUACAUCUACGACUCCAGACAGGGACAGUGUGUUGAUAUCGAUGAGUGCGCUACGAACCGGCACACUUGCGUGGCAAAUGAGCGCUGCGUCAAUGUUGAUGGUGGUUUCCAGUGCGAAAAGGCACCGGUUUAUGUUGCACCAGCACAAACCCCACCCAGGGCCUACCCCAGCUCCCGGGACCCUCACGUGAUCACAGUUGGCGCCCAGUAUGGUACCCGCGGCCCUCGCUACCGUCGUCCGACGUAUUCGCGAGUUCGAGAAGUCGACGCUGUGAUGACGUCAUGCCAGAAGGGCUAUCGGCUGACUUCGGAGAAGAUGUGCUUAGACAUAGACGAAUGCGCCGUGAACCAGUCAGAUUGCGGUCCUCAGCAGCGCUGCGAGAACUUCUUCGGCGGCCACUCUUGUCAGUGCCCAGCGGGACACCAGCUGGUCGGUGCUAAAGAUUGUGAGGACAUCGACGAGUGCCAAUACGGAAACCCGUGUUCAUACUCGUCGAAAUGCGUCAACACCGUGGGCUCGUACCGCUGCGAGUGCAACGAAGGCUUCAGAAAUACACGCUCUAACGACAAAGUGUGCAUGGAUGUGGACGAGUGCACGGAGACUCCAGGAGUGUGCCAGCAGGGCUGCGCUAACGCCUGGGGUUCCUACCGCUGCUACUGCCACCAGGGAUACAGGAUGCAGGAGGAUGGCAAGACUUGUGUAGACGUAGACGAGUGUGCAGAAUUCGCCGCAUCCGCCUCGAGUCGAAGCCGCGCGCGUCUGUGCGGCGGAGAGUGUGUCAACGAGCCUGGCAGCUACCGGUGUUCGUGCCCCAAGGGAUACCGGCUGUCUGAAGACCAGCACAGUUGCAUAGAUAUUGACGAGUGUGAGACUGGCGAAGCUACCUGUGCUAGAUCUUCGGAUCCCAGCCAAGUGUGCCAAAACACGCGGGGAAGUUACCAUUGUCACACCAUCAGCUGCCCGGCAGGGUACCAGCUGGAAGCCAAACAUCGCUGCACGCGCAUCCAGCGGACUUGCGCGAUGUCAGAUUGGGACUGCGUGCACCAGCCCAGCAGUUACAGCUACAACUUCAUCACCUUCGUGGCAAAUAUAUACCUUCCGCUCGGACGGGUUGACCUAUUUACAAUGCACGGGCCCUCUUGGGCAGACUCCUUCAUGAGCUUCGAGAUGAGAAUGGUGGAUGUGCAGGCGGCGCCGGGGGUCACGCCGGCUAGCCUGGCCUGUUUCGACACGCGGCCUACCGGCAACAUGUGCGUGGUGUCCCUUCUGUGCGCGCUGGAAGGGCCGCAGGUUGCCGAGUUGGAGCUGACUAUGUCUCUGUACCAGCGGCGGCAGUUUGCGGGCAGCGCUGUGGCCAGGCUAGUCGUCAUCGUCUCUCAGUACGAGUACUAGGCUUACACUACACUAGCGUCAUACUAUAGGUAUACAACAAAAAAUCGACGAUGCCGCAUAGUUAGACAGGUGCACUCACGCGGGGCGAGCGGUGAGUCGCGUUGGUACGUUACUGACGCGGUUAUUCUCAUCGCUGUGCCAGCACUGGCCCCAUUUCUGUAGAUUAUUGACAACAUCAUUCACAUUUUAUUACAUACAUACAUAUACAUAUAAUCACGCCUUUAUCCCAUAAAGGGGUAGGCAGAGCACAUGAACUUCUAAUUUUCAGUGCCACUCUUGGCAAAAAGGGGUUGAAAAAAAUCGAAAUUGUGACAUUGCAGUGACAGGUUGCCAGCCUCUCGCCUACGCCACAAUUGAACCCAUAUCCCACAGUCGACUUCUACGACACCCACGGGAAGAAAGGGGGUGGUGAAAUUUUAUUAUAUUUUUGUAUAAAUUAUACAAAACAGAUAGAUGCCUAAAUAAAUAAGCAGUAGUGCACCUGGCCCUGUAGGGUCGGGCGCAGCCCAUCAUUCAAGCGCGUGAAGCGUGCUCUUUUAUUCAGCAGAGCACUUGACCUUGUAAGAUCGGGCGCAGCCCUACAGCAAUCACGCUUCGCGUGCAGUUGUGCACUUGAUCCUGUAGAGUCGGGUUGAGCCCGACAUUCAAGCGUGCAAAGCGUGCGCUUUCGUUUAGCAGUGCACUUGCCCUUUGAUAAGAACAAUGUUGUGUGAUACGUAAAUCAGAUUAUUUACAUUUGCCAUGAAAUCCUACUUAUAGGUAUCUCAGCCUAAUAAGAUCUACUUAUAAAUGUUUAGAAAUUAAGAAAUGUAUGUUUUGUUAUAUUUAUUAAUACAAUUGACUGUUAAAUUUUGUAAAUAAAAUCUAUAAACGAUA